AUGGGUGGAACUUUUAAAAGGGAAAGAAGUUUGGCACUGUUUAUACGGCAUUUGCGGCUUGAAGUUACAGAAGUUUUCUUAGAACAUCAGCUGCAAAUAUCAUUGGUGAUUGGGAAAGAUAUGCUUAGCAUCAAUAACGACUGUCUAAUAUGCAUCCUUUCUCGAACUGACCCUCGAACUGUUUGCCAGUUCUCGAGAACUUGCAGAAAAGCCAAAGAAUUUGUGGAUGCGAAUAUCCAACACUUACCGCAGCCUUUGAUCAAGCUUAAUUUAUUAUUGAAAGAGUCUAGUGUCGCUUGGACUAGGAUGGAACCAAGUGAGGGUCCCGAAGCACCAGUAAGAAUAUUGCACGACACAAGUCUCCUUGGUGCUCGGGAGGUGAUGAAGUACGCUCGUUUUGGGCAAAUACUCUUCAAUGCCGGUGAUUUUAAAAAUCCUGAAGAAGUAGUUCUUCUUCAUGGCAUUCUCUCUGAUUUAAAAUUAUUAGGAGCAAGUACUUUUCUGUUUCAGUAUUCUUUUUUCACUACCGAGAUGAUUACCGAUGUUAGUACACAAAGAAUUGCUAGUCUCAUGAAACUGUAUGACUCAGUGAUUGAUUUGUCAAGCUAUCGAAGUUUGAGCGAUUGGACUACUUUAUCACUGUUAUUCUGUCCGAAUAAAAUGGGUGACAGUGUUCUUUCUGUGCGUAUGUAUGUCUACUUCGUGUGGGACAACGUUCAGGAGGUGUUAGAGCUUAUAAUGAAACUCGUAAAGGCACUUAAUGGCAUUGAAGGCAAUUUAGUAAAAGUUGAACUGUGCUUCGAAAAUAUGGGCGUGGAUUACAACAUAAACAGUUCUCUUAUUGAUGAACUAGAUUUUGCUGCUAAUGCUGAACUGUCUAAACCGUUAGAAGUAACAAACGACGAUGAGUAUUUAGUUUAUGGUCAGCAAGACCAUGUAUUUAAACUCAAGUUUCUUCGUCAUUGUGAGCAUGGUCGAAUGACAACAGUGUUUGAAGUGGUCACAUAA